AUGGCAGAGGUCCAACCAGCUGACGUCUAUCUCCUCGAAAAUGACGAAGAAGCCGAUAAACCGGUCGUCAGACCUGAGCAAUUGGCUCAAGUGUUUGAUAGAGAAAACAUUGCACUCAUGCCUGUUAGCGAGAUGUUCAAUGCUGUGGUGGGCUUGUUUGCUAGGAAACCUAGAGCUGUGCCUGUUUCUGCUGCUGCAUAG